AUGUUGUUACUGUUGGAUGGCAACGUGGAGUCGGAAAGCCUGAGCCACCUGCUACAAGCAGGGACUGAAGUGAACACACCUGCCGAUGCUGUGGGCCAGGAUCCAGCUCACCUGGCUGCUCAUGGAGGACAUGCUUUCUUCCUGCUUUGGCAACUGCAGACAGGAGCCGAUUUGAACCGACAGGAUUGGCUUGGGGAAGCUCCAAUACACAAAGCUGCUAAAGUUGGGAGUUUGGAGUGUCUCGCCUUACUUGUUUCCAGUCAUGCCACCAUCGAUUUGCGCAAUAAGAAGGGACAAACUGCAGAAGACCUGGCACUGGCUUUUGGAUUUGUGGAAUGUGCUCAGUUCCUUAUGACAGUGAAAGAGACUCAAAAUAGGAAAGCAACUGAACAAGUUUGUGAUUCCCUCAGUAACAGGGAUGGCUUGCAGAGAGAGGCAACAACAAGACGAAAACGAGCAAGUGAAAGCAAAAGACCUAUAAGCAGGAAGACAAUGAGAUCAAACGGUACAGUGUUUAGCUAUCACCAAACAAUAGACUUGCUUUGA